UCGGAUACAGAGCUCAUGAGUAUCCUGUUAAUGAUUCUCCUUGGAUAUGAGCUGUUUGCUUAUUUUUAAUUCUCUCUCCUCUCUCUCUCUCUGAAAAAUAACAUUAUAUCGACCCAGUUUAGUUUCAAUGUACCUAAUGUUUUUAUUUUACUGCAAUUGUGCUGAGCAUAAUUUGAAUAGAAGUCUAACUAGACUACUGCCCACCUUAACGUGUGGGUCCAGUUAUGUCCAAAAACAGCCUACAUAAGUAUUUAAAUGACAAUACCCACUGAUAUAUAAUACUGUUAUGUGAGUUUGUAAUUUACAAAAUAAAACAACAGCACAGAAAUCUAAUAGCCGUGUUAUUAAUGUGCAAGAAUAAACUGGAUUGGUGGACUGCAUGUGAAUUAAAUAUAAAAUCCAGAAUAUUUAAAUGAAAAGCCACGUUUGUGUGUAAACUAAUCUUUCUAUCCUUCUUAAUACGUUAUAGAAAUAUAAUUUUAAUGAAGUGUAUCUUUGUUGCCUUCACCAGUUUUAUUCUGCUGUUAUAAAUUAAAACACAAAGGGAGACCUACAUUCCAAAGUGGUUUUUAAUAUUGCUACGUGAAAAAUGUGUUUUUAUAGUAACCUCAUAUUUUUAUUUCGAUGCAGGAUAUCUGGUACUACACGAGGUUAGAAUAAAUAUGGGUUUACAAGCCUUGCUUUCAGACAGUGUUGCACUUCCUUGGUCACGUGGGGGAUGGAAUUGUCCCCUCCUCUUGAAUGGCUUCUUUCACAGUAGCUUAAACUGUGUUCUUGUGAUCUCAUAGUACUGUAUACAUCUGUAUGUGGAGUGGCUGCUAACGGCUCUCACCUGAAGAGAAGAAAGGACACAUUCACUGCAACUCUCCCAGCAGAGAAAAGUGGCGACUCCCUCUAGAAGAGAACAGAGAGGUUCACAGCAUGUAGCUGACACCCAGGGAGGGGCUGACGUGUUGGGGGCGUGUUCUCGUGCCUGGAACUGCGAGAGAGGGGUUUAAAUCUGCAGAUCCCACUGACAAUACCUGAAGACUGCCUUAUCUUGGUGAAAGCCAAGGAACAAAGAUGGAGUCUGUUUACAUUAAACAGGAGGAUGUUCUGGAAUUGGUACCUAUCUGCAUUAAACAGGACAUGACUGAACUGGAGCCUGUCCACAUUAAAGAAGAGACUGAACUGGAGCCUGUCCACAUUAAAGAAGAGACUGAACUGGAGCCUGUCCUCAUUAAAGAAGAGACUGAACUGGAGCCUGUCCACAUGAAACAAGAGACUGAACUGGAGCCUGUCCACAUUAAAGAAGAGACUGAACUGGAGCCUGUCCACAUUAAACAAGAGACUGAACUGGAGCCUGUCCACAUUAAAGAAGAGACUGAACUGGAGCCUGUCCACAUUAAACAAGAGACUGAACUGGAGCCAGUCCACAUUAAAGAAGAGACUGAACUGGAGCCUGUCCACAUGAAACAAGAGACUGAACUGGAGCCUGUCCACAUUAAAGAAGAGACUGAACUGGAGCCUGUCCACAUUAAACAAGAGACUGAACUGGAGCCAGUCCACAUUAAAGAAGAGACUGAACUGGAGCCUGUCCACAUGAAACAAGAGACUGAACUGGAGCCUGUCCACAUUAAAGAAGAGACUGAACUGGAGCCUGUCCACAUUAAAGAAGAGACUGAACUGCAAUCUGUUCACAUUAAAGAGGAGUCUAUUGACUUGUUGUUUAAGGAUUCAGAAAACAUGUCCAAGCCAAAGAGAUCACAUCAAUGUAGUGAAUGUGGUAAGCGCUUCAGUCAGUUAGGAGACCUAAAAAGACACCAACAAAUUCACACUGGAGAAAAGCCGUAUCACUGUUUUGAUUGUGGGAAGAGAUUCAGUCAGUUAGGAAGCCUAAAAACACACCAGCAAAUUCACACUGGAGAGAAGCCAUAUCACUGUAACGAAUGUGGAAAGAGCUUCAGAGAGUCUGGAACACGAAACAGACACCAAAGAAUUCACACAGGAGAGAAGCUGUAUCACUGCGCUGACUGUGGGGAGAGUUUCAGAGAAUCUGGAACACUAAACAGACAUCAGCGAAUUCACACUGGAGAGAAGCCAUAUUACUGUACAGUAUGUGGGAAGAGUUUCAGAGAAUCAGGAAACCUAAAAACACACCAGCGAAUUCACACAGGAGAGAGGCCAUAUCACUGCCUGCACUGUGGGGAGAGUUUCAGUGAGUCAGGAAACCUAAAAACACACCAGCGAAUUCACACUGGAGAGAAGUCAUACCACUGUACUGACUGUGGAAAGAGAUUCAAUCAGUUAGGAAACUUAAAAGCACACCAGCGAAUUCACACUGGAGAGAAGCCGUAUCACUGUACAAAUUGUGACGAGAUAUUUGCUUUCUCCAGUCAAGUGAAAAAGCAUCAAUGCCAGUUUUGAAAAUACAGAUGAAAGUCAGUGCGUUUACAUGGCCAGUAAUAUUCCACGAGUACUGGGAAUAUGAAGAGGAAUCUUCCACCUCUGCGUAUUCGGAAUAUUUGAGGUGGCAUAGGCUAGUCCACUAGUAUGCAGAAUACUAGUGGAAUAUAAAGCCAUGUAAACAGCAUAUUCCGACUGUGAAGCAUAACCCCCAACAGACACGCACAAUAACAAAUACUCAAGUAAACAUGACAGCACAUCCGAGAAAACGCAGCUACUUGUGGUCUGAGGAGACAUCACAUUUAUUAAGGAUUUAAAAGUCGUAAAACAGCUUGAUGGCAGAAACAGAGAAGUGUUUAAAAGAAAAAAUCAUGAAGCGGAUUUGCGAGAACUGGAUCCAGUUUGUCACCAUUUGUCAUGUCAAGUUUUGAAAGCACAGUACUAAAGAAAAAAAACAAGUGGGGUAAAUCUAUCAUUUUUUCCUUAGUUCAGCGUUAUGAAUGACUGUGACAGAUCGAAUGGUGCUUGGUGUUAGAUCUCCCUCUCGACCUGUGAGGGCACUGUGUAACGGGAACAGAGUACCCUUAACUAAAUGGCACGACAAUUUAUUCCGUAGGGCAGGUGGAAGUUGGUCAUUUAGGAAAGGGGCGCAGCUACGAUAUCCAAACUCAAUGACCCAGACGGUAAACGGUGUGGCAUCUGAGGAUUGGAGGAGCGGAUGCGCUCGUUAACCUAGGGGUCAUGAGCGAGGAUAUAAAUAGGGGUCAUAGCUGACGUGAUCUGUUCCUUGGUAAAUGGUUAGUGUUGAAAACCUACAAGGAGUCUGUGUGCUGUAUCGUGAACCGUGAGUUUUGUCUUGUGUGUGUUAGUGUUUUGUUAACUGUCUAACUUUUUUAAUAGACUACAAGUUGCACAAUCCGGAGCUGUAGCAGAAGCCAGCAUAAACCCGGUCAUCACUUUCACCCCUGCAUUUCACAGAGAACUGUAUCACACCACUUGCACGUAUUCACUGUCACUAAGAACUGUGUUUGUGUUUUGUGUUUAGUGUUGGUGUGUAAAACUGGACUUUUGGUUACGGGUCAAACCCGGGGAAUACAAAUACCAAGUGAUACACACCACUGUAUCACUCCAACAUUAUUAUUUACAGGUGUUUGCCACAAGGCUCUGGACAUUGUUAAUUAAAUCAGUAAACACCCUUGCACCUGGAAAUCAUUGUCUGUCUGUUUUGAAUCAGCUCUGCACUGCACUCACCUGUAUUCACUUAACACUUUGUCAAAAAUUAACAGUUUAUAAAAUUAACAGAAUUGAAAUAUACAAACUAAAUACUGGACAAGUGGUUUAUCUUUACCAGCGCUGAAUAAAUCCUGUGGUACCAACAGUGUCUUUCAAAAGGUAAAAACAGACGGUUUUGAAUGUCUUGACACCACUGAGAGAGGACAGGACACCUCUUAAAUCCACCUGACAUAGUCGAAACAGCGGACCAAUUGAGAACACUGGGCCAUCUCGGAACGACAAUAACCAAUGGGAAACAUCCCACGUGGACUUGGGCACAGCCCAAAAUAACCAGACUAUCCAAUCACAAGGGUGAAUAGAGGAUUACAAAAGAAGCAGCUCAACUUUCAAACAGUACUCCCGACACGAAACCCAAGGCUUUUGACACAUAAACAGGUCUCUGAACUUUGACAAUCUGAAGACCAGCCUGUGACUGGCUUGAACAGAGAUACCGUUUUCAAAAAAUCUGAUACGAGAUAAAUACUCUAGUGUUUGACUUGGUGUGGGAGUCUGCUGUGUAAGACAUCUAAAAUCCUAAAAGUACUUGUAAUCAAAUCACUAACUUAGCCCUGCGAUCAACGGAGAAAGAGUUGGAUGAACAUUUGAAGUCGACAGAGAUUGAAAUACAUUCAGUCUGUUGAGCUAGCAGUGCCGGAGUUUGCGCUGGAAUAUCUCAGACGUAACCGGAUGAAGAGCGCACAUCUUGUGGAGGAAUUGCUGUUUCAGUGGAAUACCUCAAUAAUUAAUGACUCUUGUGUUUGCAAAAACAUUUUGUUUCGUACCCUGAAGUGGAGACGAAACGUGAGGAAAACAGAAACCGGAAUCUGAACUUUCCCUUCGUCUACAGGAGCGCUUUUGAAUGCCUGUUUUGUUGAAGACAUGGAUCAGCUGAAGGAGCAAAAAUCUGUUAAGUAUAGUGUUUUAUCCUGUUAUGAACUUGAGAAUACGCCAACUUUAAAGUAAAAUUAAUAUUUUGGUUUGAGGUAGAAUGUAAGAAAAGCAUUAUUGCUUUCAAUUCAUGCUUUUUUUUAAUGAACAGUAUAGUAAUUGUGUGUGAUUUAUACACAUUGAUGUGGGUAUUACAAGGCAAAUAUCAUUCUGCGUUUAAGUUAGAAUCCAAAUUUAGCUGUCUUGAUAAUACAUAAUUCUCGAUAUGGUGUCUGGACGCAAGGAGCGUCUUUAUCUUGCAAGAGUGAAAAUUGCCUCCUGAACCAAAACAUGUGUAUGAGACUAAUUUAACAAUGCUUUGAUUAUAAAAUAUUAACAAAAGUAAAUAUUUGUGUUACUAACAAUACCCCUGUUAAGACUAACCUUUGUCUUAAAUAGCCCAUAGAUUGCUUUGAAUCACUAAUCAACUAUUGGGAGUGGAGUGUUUAAAUUUUCUUUUCUGUGCUGUUUGGUUUAGUUAAUUCUUCCUUUCUGUAUUACUUUAGUUUAGUUGUUGCACCUUUAAUUUCUCCUUUAAUCAGUUUUAUUUAUAAUAAAACUAUUCCUUUAUAUUCACUAGAA